AUGGUGAUGCUGUUGCUGCUUCUGCUGCUGCUGCUGAUGGUGCUGCUGCUGCUGCUGAUGAUGAUGAUGCUUAUGAUGAUGACGAUGCAUCCAGACGACAACAUCAACAUCAACAACAUCUGCAACAACAGCAUCAACAACAUCUGCAACAACAGCAUCAACAACAUCUGCAACAACAUCUGCAACAACAUCAACAACAACAACAAAAACAUCAACAUCAUCAACAACAUCAACAAAAACAACGGAUGUGCGUGUUCUUUAAACUUUCUUGAAAUGCGCUGCGACGUGUUGUUGGACGCUCGUGGGAGCUCCAUAUUCAACGCUCGCUCCGUUUACGACAAUUUCGUGAAAUUUUCGUCGCGAGUUAGAAAAAAAUGGCCUUCUCGCGAGGCGAAAAAUUACGACAUUCAUAACAUCGCUAGGAACGACGACGAUGACAACGAUGCUAGCAACAAUAGUACUAAUUACACCAACAAAAACAUCAACAGCUACAUCAAUAACAUCAACAACUACAUCAAUAACAAUACUACUUUUAGCAGCACACUUGCAUCAAAACAUCGAGAAGCCAUGGAACAGACUGCUCAAAUGAUCGGCUUACAUAGUAACAAUCUCUCGCAUAAUAAUAAUAAUAAUAACAACAAUAAUAAUAACAAUAAUAGUAAUAGUAAUAGUUCAGUAUUAAGAAGUGAGGGAGAUGAUGAUGAUGAUGACGACGAAAUGGAUGACGACGAUGAAAUUAUGAACGCUUUCGUUUUAAAUGCAAAUACAAUAACGGACAUCAACUCGCUUCUUCAUCUUAAUAAUAAUAGAAAUACUAAUUCAUCACAACAUCUUCAUCACCGUCCUCCUCCUCCUCCUCCUCCUCACCAUCAUCAUCAGCAGCAGCAGCAACAACAACAGCAGCAGCAGCAGCAGCAGCAAACGUUCAACUUCUUAAACGGCAGAUUCAAAGUACGCAAACUCAUUUUGAGCAACAACAACAUCGGCCUCUUGCUAUCAUCCCCACCACCACCAUCAUCAUCGUCUUCCUCUUCUUCCUCAUCUUCUUCUUCAUCCUCCUCACCAGAACUACUUUCCCUAACAACACGUAGCCAUCUUGAAAUAUUAGAAAUGUCCAAUUGCAAUUUAGGGCCGAAAAUGCACGCGAAAAAUUUUCUCAGAGACUCUCCUAAUUUGCGCCGAUUAAUCAUACCCAACAACAGGAUCGAAUAUUUCCCAGCGAAUUUCUUCGCGUCAAUCUCUUCUCUGAGGGGCUCCAAUCCAAUCACGGAACUCAUUUCGUGGGGGAACAACUUGAAAUCACUUGAUUCGGCGUCAUUCGGCGGCAGAAAUCAGCUGCCUAAUUUGAGACAUCUCGAUUUGGAGUGGAAUGAAAUUAGGGAGUUGGGUGUGUCUAAAAGCAGCAGGAGCAGUAGUAGUGGUGGUGGUAGUAGUAAAAGUAGCGGCCGGAAAGCUGGUGGUCGUAGAAAGCGAAAUAUCCAGGCAACUGUUUGUAUCCAUGAAGUUGAAAGGAAUGAUUCCAAUACUAAUGGUUGUAGUACUCACGAUGUUAAUAACGAUGAUAAUGAUGAUGAUGAUGACGAGGGUAGUGAUGAUAAUGAUGUUGACGAGGAGAAUGUUGAUGAUGAUAAUGAUUGCGAUGUUGCUGAUAAUGGGAAUGUCGACGAUUCGAUUAGAGGCGAGAUCGGCACAUCCCUAGUGACGGAUCACAAAUCUCAUCCCCCACGUCUUCACGGACGACGCGAAAAACAUUCGAAGCAUCGUCGUCCUUGUCGUCGUCAUCAUCAACAGCAACAUCAACAACAACAACAACGACAACAACAACAGCAACAUCAUCAACAUCAACAACAACAACAUCAACAACAACAACAACAUCAACAACAUCAACAACGACAACAACAACAACGACAACAUCUACAAAAACAUCAACAGCGACAACAUCAACAACGACAACACUAUCAUCCCCAUCGUCAUCCUUGCCAUCGGCACAAACGCAGUCCUCCGGUCGAUCCAACCAUCCCACUACGCUCCUCCCUCUCUUACGUCAUCGGACGCCAUCUUGAAAUCCUGAAAUUAGGACACAACCACAUCAGCUCCAUAUCCGCCUGGUACUUCAAGCACUUUCCCGCUCUGAAGUAUUUAAAAUUGAACAACAACGGGCUGUUGUACAUCUAUCCAAAUGCUUUCAGUGGCGUCAGCGAGUUGGCCAGGUUGGAUCUGUCUAACAACCGCAUAGCAUAUCUACUCGACGAUACGUUUGCUUCUUUGGGGAGGUUGAAAAUGUUGAACCUGCAGAACAACGAGUUGAUAAAUGUUUGGUUUAGAACAUUCGUCGGACUCAACAGCCUGCAAUAUCUCGAUCUAUCCGGUUAA